AUGGAGGCACUUGGGAAUUUGGCAUUAGAUAGGGGAAGGAGGUAUGUCAAUUUGGAUGAUAAUCUAAGGUCGCUCGAAAGGAAGUUGCAAAGAUUAGGCGGCAGAAAAUCUGACUUCGAGUUGCAGGUGACAAAUGCAGAAAGGUCAGGUACCAAGAAAAGGAAAAGGGAGGUUGAGAUUUGGUUUGAGGAGGUAGCAACAGUAGAAAAUGAAUUUGGAGCAUUGAAAAAGAGCAUACAAGAGGGUGGAUUCCUAGAAAAUGCAAUUAGCAGUGGGGAUAGAGUGGCGAAAAUGGAUGCAAUUGUAGAAGAACUUAUUGAGCAAAGUAAGCAUUUUGAUGGGCUUUUGCUUGAGGCUUCUGAGAGCAGAGGUGAGCCACGAGUGACAACGAAAUUAUUUGGAGAAAUAUUUGACAGAGGUUUGAAAGAAAUCUGGGCGUGGUUGGUCAUCGAUAGCAUCUCAAACAUUGGGAUUUAUGGGAUGGGUGGUGUGGGUAAGACUACGUUGGCGAAACACAUCCAUAAUCACCUCCUUGAGAGAACUCAAUUCAAGGUUUAUUGGAUUACCGUCUCUCAAGAAUUCAGCAUCAAAAGGCUGCAAGAUGACAUUGCUAAACGCCUAAGGCUUGAUCUCUCAUACGAGGAUGAUGAGGAUAGCAGGGCAGCCAUUUUGUCCAGGGCAUUGGUGAAGCAAUCUGUCCUCAUACUCGAUGAUGUUUGGCAAGAAUUUUCUUUUGAAAAGAUUGGAAUUCCUCUUGGCGCAAACAAAUGCAAAGUGAUCUUGACCACUCGGUCACUAGAAUUAUGCAACAGGAUUAGCUGUCAAAGGGUGUUUGAAGCUAAAACUUUGGCUAUAGAUGAAGCUUGGGAUUUGUUCCAACAUACACUUGAUACUAAGACAGUGCUUCAUGGAAAUGCGGAAGAUAUUGCUAAGUCCAUCGUGAAAAGGUGUGCUGGCUUGCCGCUUGGUAUUAUCACAGUGGCCGGGAGCAUGAAAGGUGUGACAGACAUCUGUGAGUGGAGAAAUGCAUUGGAACAAUUGAAAGCAUGUUCGGUAGGGUAUGAUGCGAUGGAAGAAAAGGUGUUUCCCAUCUUGGAAUGGAGUUUCAAACGCCUGAAUGAAUAUGAAAGUCAUUGCUUCUUGUAUUGCUCUCUUUAUCCGGAAGAUAGUAAAUUAAAAAUAAAGGCACUAAUAGACCUCUUCAUUUGGGCAGAGCUGAUGCAAGAACGGAACUCAUGGUCACAAGAAUUUGAUCAAGGUCACGCGAUAUUAAACAAACUGAUUAAAGUAUGCUUGCUAGAAGAAACUAGAGAUUAUGAAGGGGAUGACUGUGUGAAGAUGCAUGAUUUGGUCAGAGAUAUGGCAUUAAGAAUCACAGACGGAAAAUCCAACCUACAGAUGAACGGGGAUGUACCACGGUUCUUGGUGAAAAGCAUAGGAAAGGGAAAUUCUAAAGUAACACUGGAACCAAAAAAAUGGACAGAAGAUCUCCAUGCAGCCUCCUUUCAUUCAUUUUCAUAUGGACAAACAGAAAUAAAAGUUCCACCAGCCUGGCCACCAAAUUGUCCUAAGCUCUCAACCUUGCUUCUUUCUCAGGUUUUCAUAAGAGAAAUCCCAGAUUCAUUCUUUCAUCACAUGUGUGGACUUAAAGUUUUGAAUCUAUCUUGGUGCCAAGGUAUAACAGAGUUGCCUAAUUCUGUUUCAAACUUGGUGCAUCUCACUGCCUUGAUUUUGAGGGGUUGUCAAGGCCUCCGAUCUGUGCCACCGCUGGGAAAGCUCAAGCAGUUAAGGAUAGUGGACCUAUCCUCCACUCAGAUUCAGGAUUUACCUCAAGGGUUGGAGUCAUUGGUUGAUCUCGAAAGGCUCAACUUGGAGGAUUGUAUACGCCUCCGAUCUGUGCCACCACUAGGAAAGCUCAAGCAAUUGAGGGAUUUGGACCUAUCCAGAACUAAGAUUGAGGAUUUACCUCAAGGUUGGGAGUCACUGGUCAAUCUCGAAAGGCUUAACUUGAGCAAGUGUUGGGCUUUUAGACGAAAGAUAAUACCAAAAGGGACAUUUUCCCAAUUUCACUGUCUUCAACUGCUAGUAUUAACACCCAAUGGUAGGGUACAAGUUAAUGAUCCAGAAGUGUUGAACCAAUUAGAAAGUUUUGAAGGAUGUUUGUCUUUUAUGGACUUCUAUAAAAUUACUCGGUGGCCAAAAUACUAUCAUGUUUAUAUCAAUGAUAUCUUAACCAAGAAUCCGAGUUUUAUUAUGUAUUAUGGGGGCCAGAAAGUACUGUAUUUUCAUCAGUGUAAGCUUGGUAAAGGCUCGAACUAUUUGCCAGAUGAUAUGAAAAGAUUCGGUUGGAAUAGAGUUCCUCAGGCAAUUGUCCUCUGCUUUUCCACAUCAUCAGUUGGAGGUCUCGUCUUUUAG